CACUCAGGUGGCUUAUGCUAAGGCCAUUCAAGCCAUGACUUAUUCUAUUGUGUUGCAGUUUCAAGUUUUUGCGGCCCUCUUUGCUACGCUAUUUUGCACAAUUGGAGGUCUCAUAAAUCAGGAUUUCAUGGAAAUACAUAAAGAAGCAAGUGAAUUUGGACUAGGAGCGAAAAUGUACUACGUAGUGUUAGUUUCCAAUAUGGUAGUUUGGCAGCUGAUGUUUAUCGGGAGAGCGGGGAUUAUACUCUAUACUUCCUCACUCUUCGUUGGAGUCAUGACUGCAGUUUUCCUAGCUUUUUCUCAAAUUGCAGCGGUGAUAGCUUUCCAUGAGAACUUCACGGGAGAAAAAGGGAUGGCCUUGGCUCUAUCACUUUGGGGUUUUACUUCUUACUUCUAUGGUUCCUACAUGCACACCAGAAAACCAAAAGCAGAAACCCCAUGAA